UUUUAAUUUUGAUUGGAUAAAAAUCUAUCCCUGAUAGUACACAUAGUUAAUUCAUUAUAAGAGGAUAAUAAUAAUAAGAAUAAGAAUAGCAAUGAUUAUAAUCAUAGAAAUGACUGAUACUCUUCAAAGAAAUAAAUAGUAGUCAUAAAUACAGGAAAACUUUCAAUUUGUAAAAUGUACUAAUGGAAACAUUCUUCUUCUUCUUCUUGUUCAUGUUCUUCUUCUUCUUUUUGAAUUCAAUGACAAGUUGAGGAACGACAAAGAUAGAAAGAGAGAGGGAGGGAGACAUAGUAAGAGCAAAUCAUAGAAACAUUAGUAACUAUGUAAUUAUUGUACUAUUGUGGAUUAAAAUAAAUGAGACUAACACAAUAAGUAAAGAGAUCGGCAUUCAUAAUUUCAUCAAAUAGUGAAUGAGAAACUACAAUCAAUAUUACUUACUUACAUUGAUAAAUUUCAAAUAUUAAUGGAUUCUGAAAAUCGUGUCAUUUUAAAUGUUGGCGGUAUAAGACAUGAAACAUACAAAGCCACAUUGAAGAAGAUACCUGCUACACGGUUAUCAAAAUUAACUGAAGCAGUAGCAAAUUAUGAUCCAAUAUUAAAUGAAUAUUUUUUUGAUCGUCAUCCAGGUGUUUUCAAUCAAAUAUUGAAUUAUUAUCGUACCGGUAAAUUACAUUAUCCUACAGAUGUAUGCGGACCAUUAUUUGAAGAAGAACUUGAGUUUUGGGGUCUUGAUGCUAAUCAAGUUGAACCAUGUUGUUGGAUGACAUAUACAUCACAUCGUGAAACUCAAGAAACACUUCAAAUAUUAAAUGAUUUAGAUUUAGAUACAGAAAGGAGAACUGACGAAGAAUUAUAUUCAAAAUUUGGUUGGGAUGAUGCAUAUCAAUCUGGUAAAUUAACUUUAUGGCAAAGGUAUAAACCAAAAAUUUGGAUGUUAUUCGAUGAAUGUUAUUCAUCAUUAGGGGCAAAGAUUAUUGCUGUGAUCUCUGUAUUUUUCAUUGUUCUAUCAAUACUUUGUUUUUGUUUAAAAACAUCAUCCAAUCUACGUAUACCAUUAUUAUAUAAUGAUUCAAAUCAAUUAUUAACAAAUUAUGAAACAUCACAUUCAUAUACACCUUAUUCUACACUGUCAUCAUCCUCAUCGUCGUCAUCUCCAUCAUCAUCAUCAAUGUAUUCAGAUAUCUAUACUCAUCAUAAUACACAUUCUAUAUCAUCAUCAUCGUCUCCAUUCAAUCUAGAUCCUUUAUGGACAAUACGUAAACGUAUGAUUAAAUCACAUAUUCUAUUUAGUUAUAUAGAAUGUAUAUCAAAUGGAUGGUUUACAUUUGAAAUUAUAAUACGUUUUAUAGUAACACCAUGUAAAUUAGAAUUUAUUAAAUCCCCUAUUAAUAUAAUUGAUUUAUUAGCCUUAUUAUCAUUUUAUGUCGAUUUAAUUUUAACUAAAAUUAUGUCCAAUGAAGCUAAUUAUGAAGCAUUAGAAUUCUUUUCUAUUAUACGUAUUAUGCGACUAUUUAAAUUAACCCGCCAUAUAGCUGGUUUAAAAAUUCUCAUUCAUACAUUUCGUGCAAGUCUUAAAGAAUUAGUAUUAUUAGUAUUCUUUUUAAUGGUAUUCAUUGUUAUAUUCGCUGCAUUAAUGUAUUAUGCUGAACGAUUUCAAUAUAAUCCACAAAAUGAUUUUGUAUCUAUACCAGUUGGUUUAUGGUGGGCUAUUGUAACAAUGACAACAGUUGGUUAUGGAGAUCAAGUACCAAAAACAUAUUUAGGUAUGAUAGUUGGUGCAAUGUGUGCAAUUACUGGUGUUAUGACUAUCUCUCUUCCAGUUCCUGUUAUUGUAUCAAAUUUUUCACGUUUUUAUACGCAUACACAAGCUCAAUCUAAACUUCCAAAACGUAGAAGACGUAUUUUACCAGUUGAAGCAGUUCGACCAAAAACUUGUAGUCAAGUUCCACCACUUAAUUCUUCAGUAAAAUUAAAAAAUAAUUUUGGUGUUAUACCACCUGGAUUAGCACGUAAUUUCAAUUCAUCAAAUGAUUCUCCUAUACGAUUAUCAUCAACUGGUGAAAGAAGACAUCAUUUUCCAGAUACAACUUGUAAAAUAACAGAUAAUUCAUCUAAUGAACAAACCAUUCUUAAACCAUUAAUACCAAGACGUGAAGAAAUUCCAUUAUUACCUAGAGACAAUUUAUCACAAUAUCAAGCAUCUAUGAAUUGGCCAAAAUCAUCUAUUAUUAAAGAAACAUCAACUGGAUUCAUUUCACAAACAUCAUUAGAAACAAAUUGUUUAUUAAUAAAUAAUGAAGAAAAAGAUCGAGUCGCAUUAAAACAAUCUAAUAAACAUCAAUUAUUUGAUAAUAUAAUUGGUAAUACAAAUAUAGUCAAUCGUAUAGAAGAUGAAAAUAGUUAUAAUAAUACUGGAGAUAUUAAAAAGGAUAUUAAAAAUCAAUAUUUACCAAUAUCUGAUGUUUGUCCCAAUACUUUGAUCGAUAAAAAUUAUAAACUAUCAAAGAAUACUACUAACAAUAAUAUCAGUAGUAAAACGAAUAAUGAUGAAAUUGCUUAUUCAGAAAAUAUUAAAUUAUCAUAUAUAAAUUAUAAGACACCAUGUUUUUCAUUUGAUGAACAUAAUAAUAUAGAAGGAGAGAAUUAUUUACCAUCCGAUAAUAGUUUAAAUCAAUUAGAAGAAUUAUUAACAUUACGUAAUAAUAAUAAUCAAUAUGAAAUUACACCACCACGUUUAUCAUGUGUAUCUGGGGAUAAAUUAGAAAUGAAAUUCAUUACGGGUUCAAAUGCACCAAUAUAAUUUCUAUUGUAGGGUAUGGAUAUACGUUUGUAUAUAUAUAUACGGAUUGAAUUGUGUUCAGUCAAAUAUUUUGAUUCAUUUUUGUUGAAUAUUCAAGUGUAUUUUGUAACCAAGCAACAAUAGGAAUGACUGGAUGAAACGAUUGAAGAGAUUCAUUUAUUAGAUGCUUAUUUACAACAACAACAACAACAUUAACAGCAACAAAAAUGACAGAAAGGAAACCCAUUUGAACAGUGAUUUAACUUAUUCUAUCGUCUAUAAAACUAUGAUGUAAUUAUAUCAAGUAAUGUUUUGUAAUGUAUUCAAUGAGUAAUGGAAAAACAAAACAAUGUAUAUUUUAAUCAAUACUUUAUAUCACAUUAUUAUUCAUUAAAGUUGAAAAAAUGAGCAUAAAAGAGGUUUUGUGGAUAUUUUAGUAAUUUAUUUAAUAGUUAAGAUCUUGAUUCAAUUGAAGUUAGAUCACUAUGGAGAACCUGAAAGUACUAGAUGACCGUUUUGUCUCAGUGUUAGACUCCUUAGUGUUGUGCAUACGCAAACCCACUUCGUGAAAUUCUAACAGAGGAUCUAUCAGUGUUGUGCGUGAACGCUUCAACUCUAACCAGCCGGCAUCCAUGGGUGUUAAUGUCUAACUUCAACCAAUCCACAAUUGUCAUCAGUGAGUUACUAUCUGACAACAGACGAGGUCGAACUCCACUAGUGACUGCUUCUCACUAGAACUUUAGGAAAUACCUCUUAAAUCCAGUCACUAGUAGGCAUAUGUUGAUUAAUGUCAAAACGUGAAUGGUUAGUUCAGUCGCUUCAGUUUUUCACAUAAAAUAUGAAGUACUCAAAUGAAACAGUUUUGUUUUCAUCUUUUGCUAAAAUGUAAUUCAAAAAGAGUAUUGUUAUAACUUAUGAACCUGUGUGCUCUGUUUAUUGUAUAACACAACGAUACCCUCAAUCAGAGAGCAGCGAAUUAUUGAUCAAACUAGUGACGCAUAAAACACGUGCCAGCAGCUUAGAGUCCUGAUUGGUCCUGUUUUCGGCCUAAUCCAGCCAGUUGAGUCCAGAACGUCAGUCUCAGUCUCUGCAAUAUGAAUCAUUUAUUUCAAAUAUACUGGGUUUAUAUACAAAUCAAACAG